AUGUGUCGUUGCUAUGUUGGCAUGGAGUUCAGCAGCAAGCUGCGCUCGCGCGAGGCCGUUGCGGCGAUGCUGCUUGGUGUGGAGCAAGAGGUGCGGGGGCACGCGGCGAAGCCCGUCAGCCCAGCGGCGACGGGCGCAGGCCGGAGUGAGGCUGAGAAUGGUGAUGACGAGUUCUCGUUGUCGUACGCUGAGAAACUAUUUAUAGUUGCGGCGCGCAAGAGUCUGUGCCAAGGACGGGCGUGGUGGCCAAGCAGCGGCGCGCGCAACAAGCGCGCGCGCGCUCUGAACGGAAACACGGCGCGCCGCGACCAGACAAGGGGCACUUUCCCGAAUCAGUGGAACUCGUGCUGGCUAGCCGCGACGCUGCAGUCGUUGUUUGCCGCUGGCAGGGUCCGGCAAGCUGUUUCCAGUCACGUGGGGUGUGGCGCCGCAGCCUGCGGCAUGUGCUUGUUGCGGAAAACAGAGGCAGAAAGCCGCUCAGCAGGUGCCGAGGUGGUGCUUUGCCAAGACUGGGCUAAGCCGCUGCGGGCGUGCUGCUUAUUGGGGCCGCAGCAAGACCCGGCAGAGUUUGUGGCGCAGCUUGUAGGGCUGCUUGGCCCCAAGUGGUUGCAAGUGGCCGGUGUGCAGCGAACGGAGGUGAAAGCGCUGGUGCCACAGUGCUCGUGUUAUGGAGCCAACUUAGUUGAGACCAGCCGCAUCACAGCAGCAGAGACGUGCAUCAACUUGUAUUUGCCAGAUGCAAGCAGCACUGCCGAGCAGUCCCUAAAUGACUUGCUGCGCGACAACACGUUGAGCGCACGUGCUUCAGGGCAGCGUUGUCCGCUGUGCUUGCAGGACAUUACACAGAGAGAGCAAACGACUUAUGGUUGUGAGGAUGUUUUGGUGUUCAACGUGGUCCGGGAACAUGGCAGAAAGCCUGUGCGGGCAGACAAAGUCACCCUGCCAGACCGAAUGUGGCCAGAUGAAGCGAACACAGAGUAUGAGCUGCGUGCAGUUGUGUGCCGAAGUGGAGCUUCUGCAGAUAGUGGGCACUAUGUGGCAUUUGUGCGAGGCGCUGGCAGUAGCUGGAUAUGCUAUGAUGAUGGUGUGGCAGACGCGAAGCGUCAACCGCAACUGGAGAUGCAGAGAGCCUGUCGCCUCAUCGUGUAUGAGAGAACGUGUGAGACUGUGAAGACAGAGCAGCCUGACAGGGCACCCCUGCCGAGCACAAGCAGCCAGUGGCCGCACGCUGGUCUUGCAGAUGCUAGAUUGCUUUCAGCAGCAGUGAAGGCGGAGGAUGGUUUGGGCGAGCCCGCUGUUGGGACAGAAGCAGAUGCAACCAUGUACCCAGCUGCGUCCAGUGCCGCCAGCGAACAUGGGUCGGAGCGUGCGCGAGUUGAAGACAGCCAUGUUGGCGGAAAGGCCAGCGCCAAUGAGUGUGAGGUGGACAUGGAAGAGCUGGAGCACAUGCCAGUUGGAGAAGGCCAGGAUGCUUUGGAGCGAGAUGCCCGCGCGCUGUUGGAGACUUUUGAAAGCGGGCGCUGUUGUCGGAGUUUCCUGUCCAACUUGCCCUUGUUCCGGCACGAAGCGCGGUCUCUGUCGGCAGCAGCAGACGCAUGGCACGCGGAGUUCGCAGACUUGUGCGAAGAUACUGUCAAUGGGGCAACCGCCAUGCACGUGCAGCCGUAUUUAGGAGACACGGCCCUGUACCCGUUGCUAGUCCUGUUACAAGCAAGUUCGUGGACGACCGACAUGCCUGCAGUCUUCUAUGUAGAUGUUGUGUACGCAUCUUGCACAAGGAGUUGCGCGUGCGGCUGA